AUGAGCAGAACCGAGGCCGAUCUUGCGGUUAAUAUUCGCAAGGCGACGAGUAUUGAGGAAACCGCACCGAAGAGAAAGCAUGUGCGAAGCUGUAUUGUGUAUACAUGGGACCAUAAAUCUUCAACCGCCUUUUGGGCGGGUAUGAAAGUACAACCGAUCCUUGCAGACGAAGUGCAGACUUUCAAGGCCCUCAUUACGAUACACAAAGUCCUCCAGGAGGGUCAUCCGAUUGCGAUUCGCGAGGCGCAGACGCAUGUCAAUUGGCUUGAUAGUUUGAUGAGAGGCGUGGCCGGGGAGGGGCUGCGAGGAUACGGUCCGUUGAUUCAUGACUAUGUUAUGUUCCUGGAGUCGAAGCUCCACUUCCAUCGCAAUCAUCCCGAGUUCAACGGUCUCUUUGAAUAUGAGGAAUAUAUUAGUCUAAAGACUAUCAAUGAUCCGAAUGAGGGUUACGAGGCUAUUAUGGAUCUUAUGAACCUCCAAGACCAGAUCGACUCGUUCCAGAAAUUGAUCUUUUCUCAUUUCCAGAAUGGAACAAACAACGAGUGUAGGAUAUCUGCCUUGGUGCCUCUGGUCCAGGAGAGCUACGGAAUUUAUAAGUUUAUCACCAGUAUGCUGCGAGCAAUGCACUCAUCAACUGGUGAUGAUGAGGCCCUCGAGCCGCUCCGCAGUCGUUAUGAUGCCCAACACCACCGACUUGUCCGAUUCUACUACGAAUGUUCAAACCUGCGCUAUCUCACAAGCUUGAUUACCGUACCCAAGCUCCCACAAGAUCCUCCUAGCUUAUUGUCCGAAGACGAUGAACAACGACCAGCACUUCCGAAGCGACCAACGAACGAAGUUGAGCGCGAACCUUCACCACCUCCUAAAGCCGCUGCUCCGGAACCAGAACCGAUCAACGACUUUUGGAACGCCGAGGCCAGACGUCAGCAGGAGGAGUUUGAGGCAGAGCAACGACGGCUACAGCAGCAAUGGGAAGACCAGCAACGCCAACAAAUGCAGGCCCAACAGCAAGCGCAGCGCGACUUUGAGGAGCAGCAGAGGCUUCAAGCGGAACAACAACGGCUUGCUCAAGAGGCGCUUCUCCGUGACCAGUAUGCGCAGCACACUCAGGGUCGAAUGGCAGAGUUGGAGCAGGAGAAUCUCAACGCUCGGGCACAGUACGAGCGUGACCAGCUCUUGCUUCAGCAAUAUGAUAAGCGAAUGAAAGAUCUCGAGGAGCAGCUGAACAACCUCAACGGCAACUUUAACCUUCAGAUGAAUUCCAAGGACGACCAGAUCAAGGCACUCCAGGAACAAGUCAACACAUGGCGCUCCAAGUACGAGGCUUUGGCCAAGUUGUAUUCGCAACUACGACAAGAACAUCUUGACCUGCUGCAAACUACCAAGGCUCUUAAGCUAAAGGCUGCAUCUGCUCAAGAAGCCAUUGACAAGCGCGAGAAACUCGAACGUGAAAUGAAGACGAAGAACCUAGAGCUUGCGGAUAUGAUCAGAGAGCGUGACCGUGCCUUGCAUGACCGUGAUCGUUUGACUGGUACCAACAAGGAGGAGUUGGAGAAAUUAAAGCGCGAGUUGCGGCUUGCUAUUGAGCGUGCAGAGAAUGCAGAGAGACAAAAGGGAUCGGAGAUCUCGUCCAUGCUCUCCAAGUACAAUCGUGAGAUGGCGGAUCUCGAGGAGGCAUUACGCAAUAAAACUCGUGCUUUGGAAGAAUAUACCUCCAAGCGCGGCGAGCUUAGUGAAGAUCACGAACUUGCCCUGCGUGAGAAGGACGAGGAGAUUGAAGUGUACAAGUCUGGCAUGGAGCAAGCUUUGAUGGAACUUGAGGAGCUUAAAUUGAGCCAAGGAGACGUGGAUCACGCCCUCGACUCUCAGAUCGACGAAGUCCUUCACGGAACGGUGGCCAAGAUCAACGACAUUAUCGACUCUGUGCUGCAAAGUGGUGUUCAACGUGUAGAUGAUGCCUUGUACGAACUGGAAUCUUCGAACCAGGCCGGUAAUCAGAGCGCUACCCCAGCCUACGUGCUCUCCCAAGUCGAAAAGGCUUCUGCCUCUGCUACAGAGUUCUCCACCGCUUUCAACAACUUCAUCGCCGACGGACCGAAUAGUUCACACGCCGAGAUUAUUCGCACAGUUUCAAUAUUCUCUGGCUCGAUUGCCGACGUGUUGAGCAACACUAAGGGUCUCACGCGUUUCGCCACCGAUGACAAGAACUCUGACCAGCUGAUCAACGCUGCCCGCAAGCCUGCCCAGGCCACAAUCCGAUUCCUCCGUGGCCUGCAAUCAUUCCGCCUGGAAGGUCUUGAGCCCUUGCAAAAGACCGACGUCGUGAUCAACAACAAUCUCGAAGUCCAACGCGACCUCCAGACCCUCUCCAAGUUCGUCGACACUUUCGCCCCCAAGGGCAGCAAGAUCAGCACCUCCGGCGACCUGGGAAAUCUCGUCGACCAAGAACUCGAAAAGGCCGCCAAUGCUAUUGAUGCUGCUGUCGAGCGCCUAGCCAGACUCCGCAAGAAGCCUCGCGAUGGCUUCACCACCUACGAACUCCGCGUCAACGACACCAUCCUCGAAGCCGCUCUAGCAAUCACCAACGCAAUCGCCGAACUCAUCAAAGCUGCCACUGAAUCUCAACAAGAAAUCGUCCGCGAAGGCCGCGGCUCCUCAUCUCGAACAGCAUUCUACAAGAAGAACAACCGCUGGACCGAAGGCUUGAUCUCAGCCGCCAAGGCAGUCGCCACCUCGACAAACCGCCUGAUUGAAACCGCCGACGGCGUCAUCUCAGGCCGCAACUCCCCUGAACAGCUCAUCGUGGCCAGUAACGAUGUGGCCGCCAGCACUGCGCAAUUGGUCGCCGCAUCGCGCGUGAAAGCGACAUUCAUGAGUAGGACACAAGAACGUCUCGAGACAGCCAGCAAAGCCGUCGGCGCAGCUUGCAGAAGUCUCGUGCGCCAGGUCCAGGCUAUAAUCGCAGAGAAGAAUAAGGACGAAGGUGAAUCAGUCGACUACUCCAAGUUGAGUGGCCAUGAGUUCAAAGUUCGCGAGAUGGAGCAGCAGGUCGAAAUCCUUCAACUCGAAAACGCACUCUCGCGCGCAAGGACGAGACUGGGAGAAAUGCGCAAGAUUUCUUAUCAGGAGGAGUAA